CUGGAUAAUUGUUGUGACGAAUAAAUCGAUUUUUUUUAUCCUUAGUGACAAAUUAUGUAAUCUGCACAAUCGCAGAUCCACCGCGGGGUUAACGCUCAAAUAAACCAUGUGACUAAACACCGCAACACGAGGUCAAAGUAGUUCAGAACAGCGUGCCACACAUACCCGUGUCACUGUGUCAGCGACAUCGACCCUCGUGUUGCACGCUUCGUUAGCGUUCCAGAGCGAGAUCAGCGAGGCGAGCAGGGAAUUCAUCGACCUAUCACGUGACUUAGGUCGCAUGUACAUGUUCUCCCCGUCACAGGCAGCUGGAGGAGCGUCGUGAUAGAGCGUUGGCACCGAGCACAUCUCCGCAACACAUCUCCACCACAACAACAGCAAAAGAUGGUUAGAGCCUGGUAUAUGAACAGAGAGGAGGGGGACCAGAGGAAAGAGCACCAGUGCGACCCUCCCCGACCAGUGACACUGGAUUACCUGCAGAAGCUAGGUGUGCUGUAUUUUGAGAUUCCUGUAAAUGAGGAUGGCUACUAUGAUAAAGAGAAGCUGCAAAAAAUCCGAGAUGACCGUGGCUACAACUAUGAAGAUGUUGUUGACUGCUCUCCAACAACUCUGCCCAACUAUGAUGACAAGCUCAAGAGUUUCUUCAGGGAACACCUGCAUGCUGAUGAAGAGAUCCGCUACUGUGUGGCUGGAAGUGGUUACUUUGAUGUCCGUGCAGAGAAUGAUGAGUGGAUCCGCAUUGAAGUUGUUCCAGGAGACAUGAUCAUAAUACCAGCAGGAAUCUAUCAUCGCUUCACCCUUGAUGAAAAGAACUACAUUAAGGCUCUGCGCUUCUUCUGUGGUGAUCCAGUGUGGACCCCUGUCAACCGUCCAGCUGACGAUCACGCUGCUCGCGUAGAUUAUCUGAGGAAGUUUCAGUCUGCUUGACCACUCCAGUGAUGGCAGUUCAAACCAAUCAUAAAAUAUAUGAACAAUCAAGGCUUGUGAACUCCAAAUGGCAAUUACUAAACAUCCUUACUGAAAGGGAAAAAUAAGUAGAGGAGAUUAUUUGGUAUGUACUUUUAUCUGGGAUUCUAACUGACGUACAAUAAACUUUCUUUUUUAACUGUUCACACGGCUGUAAAGAGACCAGUGCUACAGACUACAAUACACACGUAUAUCCCCGUUUAUGUUAAGACCAUCUCCUCCCCAAGGGACUAAACAGGAUUGCUGAUUGUUAGCAGAGACAGACAUUUGUCAUUCCUGUAAGGUAGGGAGGAGAGGUGAUUAAAAAAAGGAGUUAUUGAUAAUGAACACCGAGUAUGCCAGGUGAAAAAAAUCCUGGGUUAAAAGCAUGGCAUGGAAAAAAUUGCAGAAUUUGUUCCGUUGCUUAGAGACGUGCAAGCUCGAUGUCUUUUUGUUUUGCUUCCUUGAAAUAAUCACGUGGAAUGGCCACAAAAUUUUCAUUUUGCACUGCAAAAGAAAAAAGAAAAUAGUCGUGAUACUUUUUAAUAAUGUGAGGCAUGUUUCUUUAGUAGCAGACGAACUAGCGUGUGACGUAGGAUCAAGACAGACAGUAAGUGUCGGUGAUCAUUGCUAGGAUUUGAACUCGUGAUCGGUGGUGUCUCGUUAGUUAAUUUAGGUUUUAAAGUAAACUAUUUCAAAAUGUAGUUUUAAAAAUUAUAAAGAAACAGUCUGUCUCACUUUGUAAGUAGUCUUAGUCAUAUAUGUCAUAAGGUCACAUGACGUAGAACGAGACUUCGUCUUAGCAAACGAAAGAGUCGUUUCUCUUAUUAAACACAGCGUUCUACAAAACCUUCAACUUUGUCCACAUGAAUAGACACAAAAAUAGACGAGAUUCACACUGAUUCUACAAAACCUUCAACUUUUUCCACAUGAAUAGACACACAAAUAGUCGAGAUUCACACUGAUUCUACUCUUUAACGAUAUUCUAAGCAGUUUUAUUUUGCCUUUACAGUCCCUUUAAGUCGGUCUCUAGGCUGAAAACAAAAUACUCACGCAUUUUCUGAACAGCAUCUUCCAUUGAGGGGGCUCCUCUGUAUGGGUUAAUAAUCAGCUUGUAGACUGCAGCAGCCAGAACUCCACCCAGGAUGGGUCCAAUCCAGUAGACCUGAAGACGACAUAGCAAUGUCUGAAUCGGCUUUAGUGACAUCAUGAAAAUACUUAAGCGUACUGUUGUAAACUGUACACAGUUGACAAACUGUACAUGCCUGUGCAAAAAUUGCAGUUGAUUAUGGAAAUAAAAAUAAUUCUUACCCAA